UACUUUUUUUAUGUCAUAUGCGAAGGGGCCCUAUUUCGGAGCUCGCCUCGGACCCCCGAAAUCUCAGGGCCGGCCCUGUACCCAGUGGUGGGGACAUCUUCCCCUCCGCUGGUUUAGACCGCCAUUGUCCCUAAAGGGGCGACCUAACUUCACCUGGGGGUGUUUGGGAUCCCUGAAAUUAUAAUCUUUAAAGAAUAAUGACAUGUCCAGUAUUUUCUAUCUAUAGUCACUGGGUGUAUUUUCUCGUGACGGGAUCCUUCGCCGAGGGCGCCACAUGGCUCUCCUUCGUCGUUUCAGUUUGUCUCUUAUGGUUCCAGUGCUGUUUUAAAAGACCGUUGUCAUUUUUCCAGUUUCGCGAUCUGUUUCGUUGAUUACGUCAAAAAUGGUCUGAAACAUAUUUCUGCGACAAAACGUCCAGGAAGUUUCUCGAAUAUUGCGCCGAUUAGAAGUCUUCGAAGUUCUUCAUCGAUCCACAUUUGGUCGACAGUGUUGCAAAAGUUGCCAGUCCUUGAGGACAUCCCGCCUCUAGGAGGUGAUAGAAAACGAUGCACAAGAAAUCGACGCAUAAUUCACGUUCGUGAAGAUGCGAGGCUCGUGUCGAGUCGCGUGUUCUUCCAUGCCAGCCUAGCAGAGGAAUCAGCGCGGCCCGGCGACGAUGCAAGAUAACUCCAAAGAAAUGUUCAUCAUUAGAGCUUUGGAAAAGAUCCUGGCUGACCGGGAUGUCAAACGGUCACACCUGUCACAGCUUAGAAAGUCCUGCGAGACUGCACUUGAUAACCUGCGAAAUGAAAUCAAAGAGGGGACGAACGUCCAGGUUUCGACCGCCUUACCGCAGCCACGUAGCGAUUCCUACGUCAUCUCGGCGGAAAAAUAUUUCCUGCCAUUCGAACUGGCUUGUCAGAGCAAAUCGCCAAGAAUCGUAGUCACCGCUCUGGACUGUCUGCAAAAACUAAUCGCUUAUGGGCACCUAACUGGAAACGUACCUGAUUCCACAGAGCCGAAUAAGCUAUUGAUUGUACGUAUCGUUGAAACAAUUUGUGGAUGUUUCAUGGGGCCACAGACAGACGAGGGGGUUCAGCUACAGAUAAUAAAAGCUCUCCUCACCGUAAUGACUAGUCAACACGUGGAAGUUCAUGAAGGCACUGUGUUGCUUACAAUACGUACAGUUUAUAGCGUUUACUUGGCUUCAAGGAAUCUGGUUAACCAAACCACUGCUCGUGCUACUCUCACGCAGAUGAUCAAUGUUAUUUUUGCUCGCAUGGAAACACAGGCGGAAGAAGAGAAUGUCAGAUCUGAAGCGGAACAUUCAGCGACCACUGUGAACACUUGUACAUCUGGGGAGCUGGAAACAGAUACGGUGAAUCACGAGGAACAUUCAACGGAGAGCAAUCAGGAGCCCCAGUUAAUCGUCCGAGGAAUUUUGGAGUAUGUUGUGAAUUCGGUUGUUCCAGAGGAUCCAGCGAUCGCGGUUACGGUUACCUCCGAGGAGGCUAGCUUGGAUCAAGUGCCUAUAGACGAGAACUCCGACGAAGCUGUCGCGGAGAGCGACAAUAUGGUCAGGGCGAAAUUCACUCACGUCUUGCAGAAGGAUGCUUUUCUAGUUUUCAGAGCUCUCUGCAAACUCUCCAUGAAACCGCUUUCGGAUGGCAUUCCGGACCCUAAGUCGCAUUCGCUGAGAUCGAAAAUCCUUUCGCUGCAGUUGCUGCUAGGCAUACUGCAGAACGCGGGACCAGUGUUGCGUUCGAACGAGAUGUUCGUAAUAGCCAUAAAACAGUAUCUCUGCGUGGCACUGUCGAAGAACGGAGUCUCCUCGGUACCGGAGGUGUUCGAGCUCUCCUUAGCGCUAUUCCUCGCGUUGCUGGCUCGCUUCAAGAUGCACCUGAAGAUGCAGAUCGAAGUGUUCUUCAAGGAAAUUUUCAUGAACAUCCUGGAGACGUCCAGCAGUUCCUUCGAGCACAAGUGGAUGGUGAUUCAUGCGUUGACUCGUAUCUGCGCCGAUGCUCAAAGUGUCGUUGACAUAUACGUGAAUUAUGACUGCGAUCUUUCCGCUGCAAAUUUAUUCGAAAGGCUUGUAAAUGAUUUGUCGAAAAUUGCACAGGGCAGGCAGGCACUGGAACUGGGUGCUUCGCCCAAUCAAGAGAAAUCGAUGCGCAUCAGAGGCCUCGAGUGCCUGGUAUCGAUCUUGAAAUGCAUGGUGGAAUGGAGCAGGGAUCUGUACGUAAAUCCAAGCGUUCCGGCUGAUCAGCAGAUUCCAUCGGAGCCACCCGAUCCUCCGGUGGAACCUCCGCUGCCCCGUUACGGAAGCGCGGGCAGUUUGUCCUCGGCGAACUCGAGCCUGGUCGGUAACAAGGAAAUUCCGGACUCACCGGAGCAAUACGAGGUGCAGAAACAGCAGAAAGAAGUGUGGGAGACUGGAAUAGAUAUUUUUAAUCGAAAGCCAAGCAAAGGGGUACAGUAUCUUCAAGAACAAGGUCUUCUAGGUAAUUCCUUCGAAGACGUUGCGCGUUGGCUUCACAUGGACGAACGGCUCGACAAAACAGCGAUCGGUGACUUUCUUGGCGAUCACAAUCACAAUCAGGUGAUGUACAGUUAUAUUGAUCAAAUGAACUUUGCCGAUCGCGAUUUAGUUACAGCCCUGAGAUACUUUCUUGAGGGCUUCAGGCUACCGGGAGAGGCGCAGAAAAUCGAUCGGUUGAUGGAAAAGUUUGCCAGUAGAUACUGUGAAUGUAAUCCGAAUAAUGGAUUGUUCACGAGCGCGGAUACUGCUUAUGUUUUGGGAUUCUCGAUCAUCAUGCUAACUACCGAUCUCCAUUCGCCUCAGGUAAAAAAUAAAAUGACGAAAGAGCAGUAUAUAAAACUAAAUCGACGCAUCAGCGAUAACGAAGAUUUACCUGAAGAAUAUUUAUCAAAAAUUUAUGACGAGAUUGCGGGCAAUGAAAUUAAAAUGAAAUCGAACCCUAAUCGACCCGGUAAACAAGUGAUCUCUAGCGAGAAGAAACGGCGGCUAUUGUGGAACAUGGAAAUGGAAGUAAUCUCAACAGCAGCGAAGAAUUUAAUGGAAUCCGUUAGCCACGUUCAAGCACCGUUCACAACCGCCAAGCAUUUGGAGCACGUUAGGCCGAUGUUUAAAAUCGCAUGGACUCCGUUUCUGGCCGCGUUCAGCGUCGGUCUUCAGGACUGCGACGAUCCGGAAAUCGCUUCCCUUUGCCUGGACGGCAUUAGAUGCGCGAUACGCAUCGCUUGCAUAUUUCAUAUGACGUUAGAACGGGACGCGUACGUGCAAGCGCUGGCACGGUUCACUCUGUUGACCGCGAACUCACCGAUCACCGAGAUGAAAGCAAAGAACAUCGACACCAUAAAGACGUUGAUCACCGUCGCGCAUACCGAUGGCAAUUACCUUGGCAGCUCCUGGUUGGACGUCGUCAAGUGUAUCUCUCAGCUGGAGCUUGCACAGCUGAUCGGUACCGGCGUUAGACCGCAGCUCCUGGGUCCGCCGUCUAAACCCCAUUUCCCAUCGCCAUUGGUGAACUUCAAUCUAGCUCACAAUAACUCUCAUCAGAAUAACAGUCUGAAUCUCAGUUCUCUGGACCCAAGCGUCAAGGAAUCGAUAGGGGAAACAAGCUCCCAGAGCGUAGUAGUGGCUGUCGACAGAAUAUUCACUGGCUCCACCAGACUGGACGGAGAUGCCAUUGUAGAAUUCGUGAAAGCUCUCUGCCAAGUCUCUCUGGAAGAGUUAUCCCAUCCAACGCAACCGCGAAUGUUUUCCCUGACGAAAAUCGUGGAGAUCUCCUAUUACAACAUGGGUCGUAUAAGACUCCAGUGGUCCAGGAUUUGGCAAGUGAUAGGAGAACACUUCGACAGGGUUGGCUGCAGCCCUCGCCAGGACAUCGCUUUCUUCGCGGUCGAUUCCUUGAGGCAACUCGCUACGAAGUUCAUCGAGAAGGGGGAGUUCGCCAAUUUUCGCUUCCAAAAGGAUUUCCUUAGGCCGUUCGAGCAUAUCAUGAAGAAGAAUAGAUCACCGGUGAUCCGAGACAUGGUCGUCCGUUGCGUGGCGCAAAUUGUCCAUUCGCAAGCGCCCAAUAUUCGAUCGGGAUGGAAAAAUAUAUUUAGUGUUUUCCAUCAUGCGGCCAGCGACAGGGACGAAGCUGUAGUUGAAUUGGCCUUUUCAAUGACCGGCAAGAUUAUAAAUGAAUUGUACGCUGAAGAUUUUAGUAUCAUGGUGGAUUCCUUCCAAGAUGCCGUCAAGUGCCUCAGUGAAUUCGCUUGCAAUGCCUCCUUCCCAGAGACGAGCAUGGAGGCUAUAAGAUUGAUACGUUCCUGUGCCUCUUAUAUCGACGCUAAUCCAAAUCUUUUCGCAGAGGGCAUGAUGGAUGACAGUGGAAUGGUAUCCGAAGAAGACAGGGCUUGGGUGAGAGGAUGGUUCCCAUUGUUGUUUGAAUUAUCCUGCAUAGUGAGCAGAUGUAAAUUGGACGUCCGAACAAGAGCGCUAACUGUAUUAUUCGAUGUCGUUAAAACGCAUGGGGCAUCCUUCAAACCCCAUUGGUGGAAGGAUCUGUUCCAAGUCUUGUUCAGGAUUUUUGACAAUAUGAAACUACCCGAGCAGCACACAGAAAAAGCUGAAUGGAUGACGACAACGUGCAACCAUGCCUUGUACGCUAUCGUGGACGUGUUCUCGCAGUUCUAUGAUACCCUAGGCCCCCUUCUUCUAGAGCAAUUGUACUCCCAGUUACUCUGGUGCGUGCAACAGGACAACGAGCAGCUGGCAAGGUCCGGUACCAACUGUCUGGAGAACCUGGUGAUCAGCAACGGCAUCAAGUUCGACGAACAAACAUGGGAGAAGACCUGUAGCUGCGUUCUCGACAUUUUUGAAAGUACCUUACCGUCCGCGCUUCUCUCAUGGAAGCCUCUGUCGCCCAACAAGGAGUCCGACUUGGACGUGAUCACAGGCGAGACUGAUAACCACGUGGGCAUCCUGAAGAGGAGCAACAGUUCUCAAAGCCUGACGAACAGCGAGAGCGGGAAGAACAAGCUGUUCUAUGCGUUGCUGAUCAAAUGUGUCGUGCAGCUGGAGCUGAUUCAAACGAUAGACAAUAUUGUAUUCUACCCAGCCACGUCGAGGAAGGAGGAUCAGGAGAACUUAGCUUUAGCCCAGGCGGACAUGUUCAAUGGAAAGUCCUCCGAAUUGGGCGUCCGAGCAGGGGCGGAUCAACAAAAGGAAGAACAGGGCAUGUAUUGUGCCCUGACGACGACGCACCUCUUGCAGUUGGUCGAGUGUCUAUUGAAGUCUCAUCGGUUCGCCAAGAGCUUCAAUUCCAACCACGAGCAACGGAACGUGCUAUGGAAGGCUGGUUUCCGGGGCAACGUGAAGCCGAAUCUACUUAAGCAGGAGACCCAAUCGUUGGCGUGUGCUUUGCGAAUACUCUUUAAAAUGUACAGCGACGAGGCUCACAGAGCUGAUUGGAGUAAAGUGGAGUCCAGGUUGGUCGAGGUUGCUUGCGAGGCACUGGAAUACUUCCUCGCGCUUUCCAACGAGGCACACAGAGACGCCUGGACUCCGAUAUUGUUACUGCUUCUAACGAGAAUCCUGAAGAUGAGCGAUAACCGUUUCGCGGUACACGCGUCCAGCUGUUAUCCGUUGCUCUGCGAAGUUAUGUGCUUCGAUCUCAAGCCAGAAUUGCGAUCCGUACUCCGGAGAUUCUUCUUAAGAAUCGGCCCUGUAUUCAGGAUCACGCAGCAAUAGUUGCUGUAAUUAGUUGUAAAGAACGCGUUUACACAUUUCUAGGCCGCUCUGCAAAGUACAGAGGGUGAUUCUUGUAUCUGGAAUGGGCCAUAACUGUUUCCUCGGUGAAUAUAGAAAAUUGUUAAAUGAUCUUUCGACGAAGCAUCGUUGUUCGGAAAUCUGAUUUAGUAUUACUUUCUAUUUUUAUUUAUUCUGUUUGUAAGAAUCUUCCCAACGUACGUACGAUGCAAGUUAGUGGGGACAAAUUAUUUGAAAAUAUACAGGGUGUUUCAUAGCUCCUGUAACAAAUGGGGGAUCGCUGAGGUGAUUCUGAACAACUUUUUCCUUUACUAAAAUGUUGGUCGAACCUUCGUUUUUGAAUUAUUAAAGAAAAACACUAGCCAAUGAGAGCGCGCGCUGAACCACGAGCGCGUUGAGCGGGUGCUCUCAUUGGCUAGUGUUUUUCUGUAAUAAUUCAAAAACGAAGCUUCGACCAACAUUUUGGUAAAGGAAAAAGUUGUUCAGAAUCUACUUCCGGGUGUUACAGGAGUUAUGAAAUACCCUGUAUUUCCUUUGAUAGGAGAAUCGAAGUAUGGAUUCGCUCGAUACCCUAGGCGCUAGGGAAUAUAUAUGGUGGAAUUAAAGUCGAACAAAAUGGAACAUGUUUUAGUAAAGUAGUAGGAGAUAAACAUGUGAAUAUAUUGUAUAUGUUCUGAAAGCUCUUUUAUAUUUAAUGUUCUUCAUUUUUUCUAAGAGGAGAGACUUUGAUGAGUUAAAUAUUCCAGUCGACGUGCGAGUGCAGGGUAUUUAAUAAAUAGGGUGUUUCCUGGACCGUAAGGAUGUGGAAACUCCAGAUUUCUAGUAAAAUAAUUAAACUAUUAAUUGUCUAGGUUUAUCUAAAUUUAGUUAUUCUGGACAUUCUCUUAAAGAGAUUUUAAUUGGAUUUUAUUUAUAUUUUAUAUAAUUGUAAAUUGAAGCAAAACAUUCCCAAUAAUAAAACAAUUGCAGCUUAAUAAGACAGUGUAAAAGAAAAUUAAUAGACAAUGUUUAGGGUUGUGAAAAGGUGUUUCCUUUUUUCACAGGAAAUACACUAUUUAUCAAAUGUUUUGUAUAUUCAAACACACGUACAUAUACAAAGUGUCUCUUGAAGUAUACUGUAUUAUCCAUAAAUUAGAUUGCUGAGUGAAGAAUAAGAUGAUUUUCAAUAUUUUUAUAGAAUUGAUUAGCUACUUUAUCAACUGUUAAAUAAGUUGUGAACUGGAUGAUCGCUAGGCCAUAUAGAAUUCUCAAGGAUUGUCUUAUCUUUAGCUUGGAAAUCUUCUUUACAGUACAUUUUACCAGACACUUUCUGUAUGUUAAAAAACACUUAGGAAAUGAUGGUAUAAGCAAGAAGAAAUGGGGGCAGAUGCUUGAAAAAUAAUAUUUUGUUAAAGGAUCAGCCUUUAUUUUUUACAAAUAUCACAAUUAAAAUUCAAGAUAAACAUUUCCAGUAUUAAUGUCUUAUUAGAAUGCAUAAAAUGCAACACUUUAAUAGACGCAAGGAAUGUUUCCUAUCAAUUUUUCAAUAUUUUAAAUUCACUCGAGCCUCUUGCAAAGACUUUUAUCUCACCUUUUUACACGUUGUUCUUUUUUUCUCAGCCUAACUUAAAUAAAUAUUAAACGUGUAGGAUAAUUAAAUACAUUAAGAGGAAUGUAAGAAAUGUAACUUACUCGAAGGGAGGAAUUUUUGGAAUGAAGUUUUAAGGAAUUCAACAUUUAAUACCGCAAGGUUUCUUAAUUUCAAGCUUGUACUAUUGUUUUCGAGAUACAUAGUCUGUGUACAAAUGCAACACGCGCAUAGUCAUCACCAAGUAGUCAUAAAUAUCCAUCGUGGAUAGGUGUUCAAACAACGAGUAAUUAGUUUCUAACUCGUUAGGAUUUUCAUUGUUACACAUAGAAUCAAUUUAAGACAUGAGAAUCCUGUGAACAUAUGAUAAAUGUAUAUUCACAUUGCAUAGAAUUAUUUAUGCUUAGGUUAGAUUAAUUAUUUACAUAAUGCAGCCUUAUUUAAAUAAAUUUUAGAGAAAUGAGGACUCUCUGUUUGUUUCCUGUUCUCCUCAUCAGAGAAUGCUUUAGAAAAAAAAGUUCUUCGUUAGAAAUGUCACAAUCAAAUAAUUGUAAUCCUGUUUUAUACGCUAAAACACCUUUUAUGUAUUUAUAUGUAUGUACAUAUAGAAUUUUUAGUUUAGUUUCUAAUACUUACAAGAGAUUGUGAAUUAAGUAGGUUUUAGAAAGAGUAAUUGGGAACUGCUCCACACCACUCUUGAAUAAAAGCUAAGAUAUCGUUAAGUACUGAAUCUUGAGGAGCCUGA